GUGGCUUUCUGUCCUCUUUUGACAGCUUCAAAAAAAAAGAAAAAAGAGACCAUUGACCUUAACGCCCGCAAGUCCUUGGAACAACGCAUCAGUCCCGCCCGACAAUCGCCGAGUUCAGCUACAAGUGGUGCUUAAACGACCAAGAGAAGCUUCCCAUCACUUUUCACGACGUCGCUGCAUUGGCAUCAUAAUUCACCAUGCCGCCUAAACCGAGCUUCAAGCCCAACUUCACAGCAAACGCGCGAUCCCGUAAAAGGGCUGUUGUUGUACAGGAUGAGGGGUCCGAUAAUGAUACCGAGAUGCAUGAGGAUGUUGCAGCGGACGAAGGCGACGCUUUCGAGGAUGAAUUACAGACACAGGAGCGCAUGGAGGAGGAACGUUUGAGCAAAGAGCGAUAUGCUACCAAGGACAGUCGUACCGAAGUAGUAAGUGCCGCAGUUGGUAGCGUCAGCUCUGAAUUACAGUCUAACGGCAAGGACAAGGAGGAGGAGGUUCAGGAUGAAAUAGAGGGUGCGGAAAUCGAGCAGACCAGAAUGGACGAACUCUCCCUCCAGGACAGGUCUUCACCUUCUGAUUAUGGAAACGACGUUGACAUGGAUCGAUACAGCGGCGAGCAGGAUCUCGAAGCAUCUAUGGAGCCCGAAGGCGAGAAACUGCCGGAUUAUGCAGACGAAGGAGAUGAGCUGGUCAAGGAAAUCCCGGUGUAUCUUUCGCAGAGACUCGCCAAGUAUCUGUAUCUGUUCCAGUACCCAGUUCGGGCGGCUGCUCUUCCAUACACUCAAGCGUCAGGACCCAGCAAAGCCAGGAUCAAGCCGAUCUCGCAGCUGGUCGAGCUCGAGCUGCCAAUAGAUACCAGCGCCAGUCAGUACAACCGAGAGCGUGGAGAGGAAUUGGCAAUAGGAAUGAACGACAAGGCGCUGCGGACAGCACUGGAUGGCGAGCUCGACGACGAUGAGAAUAAGGAACUUCUCGAUAAGCAAAUCUUGGUCUCUUCAUUGAUCCCUAAUGCUACAAACUACCUCGCUGGCGUUUUGAGAAAUGAUGAAAUGCAUUUGACGCCAUUUCAUGGCGCAGUCCAGCUUCGACCGAGCUUUAAAUACCUUGACAAGAUUGAUGAAAAACACAAACAGGCCAACAAAAAAGUCAGCGACGAAGAAAACAAGGAGAUGUUGGCCAAGCAAAAGGCUGAGCAAGAACAAAAGGCCAAGGCAUUACAGGUUCAAGUGCGAAGUGCUGCAGAUUCUGACGCAAGGAAAGCGAACGGACCAAACAAGGCUCGACUUGCCGACGAUGAAAACUGGACCAAGCUGGACUAUUUUGAUGCAGACACACUGGAGGCCGAUAUCAUCUACGACCGCAUGUUUGCCAGCCAUGUGGACGAUCUCGAAUGCACAACAACAGUUAACGACUACCUGGACUUGGUCUCGUCCAACAAUUCCUUGCGGAACGUCAAGACAGAGACCUCUUAGUGUCACAGUUACUUCUGCGGCACCUUAAAAUAAAAAAUAAAAGUAAAAAUAAAAGAAUACUG